AGACGCUCCCUGAUUCUGAGAGCAUCUUUGCUGGGGAGAAGGCAAAGUGUGCUCCAAACAGAAGCCACAGCUCCUCCUGCUGCUUCUCUUUGCUGCUAGGUGAAUCCCACACAGCUCAACAAGAUGUGCAAAGGACUUGCAGGUCUCCCGGCUUCUUGCCUGAGGAGUGCAAAAGACAUGAAGCACCGGCUGGGCUUCCUGCUCCAGAAGUCAGACUCCUGUGAACAUAACUCCUCCCACAGCAAGAAGGACAAAGCGGUGACAUGCCAGAGAGUGAGUCAAGAGGAAGUGAAGAAAUGGGCUGAAUCGCUGGAAAACCUGAUUGGCCAUGAAUGUGGGCUGGCAGCUUUCAAAGCUUUCUUGAAAUCUGAAUACAGCGAGGAGAACAUUGACUUCUGGGUCAGCUGUGAAGAGUAUAAGAAAAUCAAAUCCCCCUCUAAACUGAGUCCGAAGGCCAAAAAGAUCUAUAAUGAAUUCAUCUCAGUUCAGGCAACAAAAGAGGUGAACCUAGAUUCUUGCACCAGGGAAGAGACAAGCCGGAACAUGCUAGAACCUACGAUAACAUGCUUUGACGAGGCCCAGAAGAAGAUCUUCAACCUCAUGGAGAAGGAUUCAUACCGUCGCUUCCUCAAGUCCCACUUCUAUCUUGAUUUGGCCAACCCUUCCCACUGUGGGUCAGAGAAACAGAAAGGAGCCAAACAUUCUGCAGACUGUGCCACCCUGCGCCCCCAGUGUGCCUAAUUCUCUCCCGGGGUUGGAUGGCUGAAAUGCUGAGACUCUAUGCUCUGGAAAACUUGAGGCCAGUGCUUUAUCCAUAUUGUAGCCUAGUGUUCAUACUGCCUGCCAUGUGUGAGUCACUUUCAUGUGAGAACUAGGUUUAGUCUUGGUGUUUGGGAGUUCAUCAGGUUGGGACCUGAUUCCAAUCCAGCUUUGCCAAGUUCCUCUUAGAAUGCCGUGUGAGCAAAUAUUCAGAUAAUGGCCUUGGAGCUUGGGAUUUUCAGAGGUUGUUGAUGCUUCCUCCUCCCAAGAGUUUGACCUCAAGUUGGUUGGUUGAUACAUGUCAUGUGACAUUCAAGGGCACAUGUUUUCUGUUAGCCAGCAUUUUCUCCAGACUCCAGAUGUUUGGAUGAGGCUAAUCUGACAUAUCUAUGUACAUGUGUGUGUCUAUACACACAUGUGUGUUUCUCUGUAAGAAUAGCUGGGAGGGAAAUAUCCUAGGUGCUCAUAACUAGAGUGUAUGCACUUACAUGCCUGUUCCGAUCUGUGGUCUUUCAUACUCAUUUGAACAGGGAAAACUAAGCUAGCCACCACGUAGGCUAAGAAAGGAAUACCAGCUGUGGAAGAUUGACUCUGUAAAACUGCACUGGUCUUUCUGGAAAAGUAUCCAUGAAACUUCAUGUUUAAUUUAGCCACCAAUAGCCUCUGCAUUAAACACUAUUUGACAGAGCAAAGACCACAAAAGAAUCAUACAUCGGACUGACACAGGACUGAUCUAGAUUGAUGGUCAUUAGUGACACUUCUCAGUCCCUCAAGCUGCUGGCUUCUGCUCUUUGCCUGGGUGCUCAGGGCAUACUUAUUAGCAGCAGGGUUGGUAUGGGCUUGGGAAAUGGAAUAAUUGAGCUGAAUGAAGAAAUUCAGUUAAAGUCUUUCCAGCUACACUUACCACAAUUUAUUGGCUAAGCAAGGGUAUCAACCGCAAAGGUCAUUGUCAUGAUCCUCUGUCCUUCCCCCUCUCUCAAUCAAGGUGCUUUUCUCAUUUUUGGUCUUGAGAACCAUAGCCACCAGAUGUCUCCUUACUUUGUUCUGGUUAGCUGGCACUUCCCCUGGGAAUGGUUGUAGCCCUAUGCCUGUGCGUACAAGCUGGCAUCAGGGAAAAGGCUACAUUGUAUAAAGGGGACACAGGUUCGCAAGCCAGAAUGCUCUUACAAGGCAAAAUCUUGUUCAUUUCAUCCCAAACAUCAAGACUAACCAAGACGGUAGAUGCUUCUUACAGGUUCAGUUACAACAAGAGAAUAAAAGAAAAA